AUACGGGGCGUAAAUACAUGUCGAAUACAUUGCUACAUCCGAUUUACAUGCAAUCCAUAGAAAAAUCUCAAUUCCCUACGCUGUACGGAAAUAGUAGCGUGUAUAUGCGGUCGUUCGGUCUAUAAUUAAACGCGACCACCGCGCUAGCACAGGCACCAGUUCAGUGUGAUAAAGUUAGCAGUCGGUGUAUGAUGUUUUCGUGACAAACGCGAUUCCACCUCCGGAAAUUGAAGAAAUCUAAUAACGUGUAAUUCCGAAUCGCGCAUGCAAGCGCCUUACAUUGCCCAAGGUUCAUUAACUCCCGAGUGAGAGCAGCGAAUUAUUCAAUCGGCCAUGGAGACUGCUGUUACACUAAGUCAUGGCGUAUGUCCGGUAUGCGGUAAGGAGGCCACGUUGAAGUGCGGCAACUGCAGACGCGAGUUCUACUGCGACAAGUCCCAUCAGUCGCGGGAUUGGUUGCGUCACAAACCCAUGUGCUGCGCCUGGGAGAUCCGCAGAGAUCCCCAGCUUGGACAGCACCUACUGGCUACCCGGGACCUGACUCCUGGAGAUGUGAUCCUCUCGGAGGUGCCUUUGGUCUGGGGCCCCUCGAUUCACGCACUGAACCAGCGGCUUUGCGUCGGCUGCGGCAAACAAUGCCUCGAGAUUGACAUGAGAUGCAGCAAGUGCCGCUGGCCGGUGUGCAGGCCUGAUUGCGAGGGCCUUACCGACAAAAAGAGACACCAGUCGGAGUGCGCUCUUCUUGCGUGCGCUAGAAUCAUUCCCAGAUGCGACGUGCUGCUGGUGAUCCGUAUGCUGAUACUAUGGCGCACCAAAUCGAAACGCUGGACAUCCUUGACCAAUCUGCAAAGUCACGAGGACUUGCGAGGACCCGGCACAGAGGCGCACGAGGAGGUGUUGAACAUAAGUCAGCAUCUCGGCCCGAUCGUGACAAUGGCGCCCGAUUGUAAGAGUGUCUUGCCAAGAAUUUGCGGUCUGAUCGACGUGAACGCGCUGGAGACUAUGCCGCCGGAGGGCUCGGUCGCGAUCUACGAGAACAUGUGCCUCCUGGAGCACUCUUGCAUGCCAAACACGCGGCACAGUUUCCACCUCGACGACAAAGGCAGGCCGCGCAUCACGGUGAACGCGAUUACGUUCAUUAAGAAAGGAGAGCAUUUGAGCACCAUGUACACGCACGCGCUUUGGUCUACGCGAGCCAGACAAGAGCACCUCCUCGCCACGAAAUACUUUACCUGUCAAUGUAAACGCUGUGCCGAUCCGACGGAAUUGAACACGUACUUGGGCAGUUUAAAGUGCCCCUGUAAAAACGGCUAUAUGUUAGCGAAUGAUCCUUUGAAUCCUAACACCGAUUGGUCCUGCAAUGCGUGCCCUGGAACGGUAACAUCCACGGAAGUCGCGGAGUUGACAGACAGACUAGACGAAGAAGUCACAGAAGUCAUGAGGAAGGCGACUCCAAGUAUUCUUUCUGAUCUCUUGUCACGGUUGAUGGUGCUUCUACAUCCCUGUCAUCAACACUGCGUGGCCGCGAGCCACUCGCUGAUACAGCUGCUACCGCCGAGCGACCCUCGGAAGUUGGAUUUGUGUAAACGCAUCAUGGACACGGUAACUCGCUUGGACCCGUACGGUGCGCGUUUGGCGCUUUACACGGCAGUCACUCUACGAGAACUUGCGACCUGUCCUGGAGAGGAUAGACUAGUCCAUCUGUCGAAAGCAGUGUCCUUGCUGAAAUCGGAACCUCCGAAUUCGCCCGGCGAAAAGCUCCUAAGACUCAUCAAACUAGAACUCAGCUAUUAGAUUUUAACUAAUGAUAACGAGAGAUGGCUACAGCCAGG